AUGCAUUUGACCCACACCAUUGUUGUAAUUGUGAAAGAUGUAAACGACAACCCUCCCGUAUUUGCAGAGACUUUGUAUGAGGCCAAUGUCGAUGAGAUGUCUCCUAUCGACAAAACUGUGGGUACCUACCAAGCAACGGACCGUGAUGGAACUUCUAUCUUCUAUACGCUGACAUCUGAAUCUCCUCUCUUCAAACUGAAGUCACAGACUGUCCCAGAAAUACUAGUCAGCGGACUUCUUAAUUAUGACAAAGUCAAAACUGUCCGACUGACACUGGAAGCUCGAGAUACUCAAGAGAUUUCUCCACCAGAAGGCCCAUCCUUCACUGCUACCACAACCAUUGUGAUCACCAUAAUAGACAUUGAUAACAAACCUCCAGGGUUCAGACCUUGUACUCCGUAUGAAGUGGGUGAAAUUGUGGUCUGCCAGAAUACAGGUUACACUGGUAAAAUUCAUUUAAAUGAACAAGAGACUGGGGCAUUGCCUUUGGAUCCUGCCUCUCUUCAUGCUAUUGAUGGAGACUCUGGCAUAAAUGAAGAGAUUACAUAUUCCUUCCUUAGUGGAAAUGAGGAUGGACUCUUUGCGAUCAACUCAAACACAGGAAACAUCACCAUGCAGAGAAAAGCAGAUACGUUGGGUCCAAUCGUGCUGACAGUUCUGGCUACUCAGAAGAUAAACACUAAUCAGUUUGCAACAACCACCGUGACAAUCUCUGUCCUGGUGAAGAGCCUUCAUAGCCCAAAAUUCGAAAAGCCUCUAUAUGAAGGCCUCAUCAGUUCAGUUGGCUCUAUGGCAAUGGACCGGAAUAACAAAGACCAGCCAUUACGGGUCUCGGCUUUAGAUGAAGACUAUGCUGGCACUGGGGGAGUUAACCCCAACAUCAAAUAUUCCGUCCAAGGUAAUAGUGACUUUGAGUUUUUUGGUGACGUUUUGUUCUUGAUAAAGGAUCAGCCAGAUGGCAUGUAUUCACUUGAGAUUGUGGCGACAGACACAUCUAAUGACGAAACAGGUACAUCACGGCUCCAAGUUGAAGUGACAUCAGGUUUCACCACUACAUCUUUGCCUCAGAGCACUACAGGCUUUGAGAGCACGACAAAGAGCACUACAAAGAGCACUACAUCUGUAGAGGAAACCACCAGUGAGGUCAAGCCGACCACGGUUCCCAUUGUGUCAACAACUGACACUUCAGCCACCAUCGUCACUGCUAGUGCAACAUCAGGAGUCUCAACAAGUCGCCCAGUGGCCCCAUCCGGUGGGUUCAGGUCGGUGGACAUGGCUGCGCUGGGAGCAACCUUAGGGGUCCUUUUGUUUCUUUGUCUGCUGGUCAUUGGGCUGCUUGUUUAUCGCAUGCAGAAAGGAAAAGCAGCCUGGAAGAAGAUUCAAGAAGCCAGUUUGUUUCGAAGCUCUCUGGCUCAGAGUUCAAGUGGGCAAAAAGAGGGAAUUCAAUACACCAAUGAGGCUUUCCAAAAAGACGAUGAUGACAGAAGCAGCAUGGGCUCUGGUGGUCCAGAGAGAAGAAGCAUAACAACUAGUAGAGAACCUCCAGUGCAGCUAUGGAACAUUCCCCCCAAAGACGAGAUCCAAAGCACUUCAUCAGGACUACGCAACCAACUUCCUGACGACACCAGCGACACCAGCUCAAACAGGGCUGACGACGAAAAGGAGGUGAAACCUAUCCUGACUAAGGAAAGAAAAGUGGAAGAGGGAUACAAGUCUGUCUGGUUUAAAGAGGACAUUGAUCCCAAUGCCAAGGAGGAAGUAGUCAUCAUACCAGAAAACGCAGAUGAAGAAAGUGAUGAGGAAGAUGAGAAGCCAAAUCAGCGAAAAUCGCCAAAGGUUCUCUUUGCUGACCCAGACCUGGAUAGUGGUCUUGGGGUGAAGUUUGAUGAUCCAGCAAAUGAUUCCGAGAGUGACAAUGAAUUUAAUAUUGAUCUGUGACAAAGUCCAGGUGAUUAUGUACAGUAAUUACAGAAACAAUCCACAAUAAAACUGAAGUUAGCUUUUAAACAUAAAAGUGUUAAUCUUAUCAGUCUGAGAUUCAGUAUCUACAAAAGCAGCUAAAGACAGAUUUUAAAAUGUAAAAAGUGUUGAUUAUCAUGCUUAAAAAGUAUAUUUUUCUUUCCUGUAAAUUAAUAUAAUCGAGUUUAUUUUUGUGCAAAAAUGAUAUAUGCAGAAAGAGUUGUAGAAUGACCAGAUUAAAACAUUCUUAUAUUCUGCACUGAGGCUGAGGUGAUGCUUAUUAUUUAAGCUUUCUGACAGUUUUUGUGAUGGUAACUUCUCUCUGCAAUAAAUAUUCAACUAAACAUCGAUUAGUAUUGAAAAAAAAAUAAAACAUAGCAAAGUAAAUAUCUAUAGUUUAAGAAUGAACAUAAUGUUCUAGGAGUUAAAUAAUUUCCAAAAAGCAGGAAAUACUCAGAGACACGUAAGACGAAACCUAAACAGCAACCCGUAUAUUGAAGAAGAAAAAAGAAAAACAUCACAGGAAUGGAGAUAAAUUUAAGCUCAUCUAAGCAGUUAUAAACAUUUAUAAGUCUGAACUUUGGUCAAACCAAAUUGAGAUGUAGGUACACAGACACUGGGCUCAGAGACUUGGACUCAACUUUAUUUAUCCCUUGGGAUUACUCCUUUAGGGAAACUCUGGUUCCAAUAGCUUAUAUAGAAUACAAAGGGCAGAGUUAAAGCAAGAGGCCAUUAAAGAUAAAAAAAAUAUAUAAA